AUGCAGGUUUCACAUCUCGAGUAUGAUCCAUCGUCACCGGACGUAAUGAUGCAGUUCUACAAGCGCCUGUUCCCUUAUCGUCCAUUCUUUCACUGGCUCAAUCAUGAUCACACACCCUCAAAACUCUUCACAUAUCGAGAAUUCGCGUUCACACUGGCCGGCGAUGUCUACCUGCGAUACAACUCCUUCGCUAAUAUCGAAGACUUCGCCAGGGAACUUAGGCGUUUGAAUCCAAGUCGAUUUGAGGUCGGUGCAAUCUACAAUGCACGACCUCGAGACAAACGAACACUUCGCGCCGGUGCACUUCAGCCUCAGAUGCGCGAGCUUGUCUUCGAUAUUGAUAUGACCGACUACGACGCUAUCCGAACUUGUUGCAGUGGUAAAGGCAUCUGCAAGCGCUGCUGGGCUUUUAUCGCUGCUGCUGUAACUGUGUUGGACUCUGCCCUCCGCAAUCAAUUCGACUACCAUCAUCUAUUAUGGGUUUACUCGGGCCGCCGAGGAAUCCAUUGUUGGGUCAGCGACAAGAGCGCGCUGAGCUUAACGGACGAUCAACGCAAGGCCCUUGUAGGAUAUCUGGAGGUUAUCAAAGGCGGUGCCGAGAUGGUAAAGAAGGUCAAUGUACGACUUGGCGUGCAAGAGUUGGGCGGUUACUUCUCUCAAGUAAUCCUUGAGGACCAGAAAUGCUUCGACACAGAAGAGGGUCAGGAGACGCUCCUCUCCCUCGUCCCUGACAAGACUAUCGUUGGGAAGCUACGAAAGCUUUGGGCUGCGAGUCCGGAUCGCACAUCGAGCCAAAAGUUCAAGGAUCUCAAUGCGGAGAUCAGCCAAAUUGGCGACAGGAAGCAAGCACAGGCACUCAAACAAGCACAGGAGGACAUCAUGCUUCAGUACCUGUAUCCACGCAUUGACGCAGAGGUGUCGAAACAUCGGAACCACUUGCUCAAGGCGCCGUUCUGUAUUCAUCCGGCAACUGGUCGCGUCUGUGUCCCUGUCGACCCGGAGAAGGUAGACAAAUUCGAUCCCGAAGCAGUGCCCACAGUUGGUGGACUGCUCUAUGAGCUCAACUUGUCGCAGCAGCCGAAAGCAGAGGCAGGUGCUGACCCGUUAAGAGGAGACUGGGAUCGAACAAGUCUUAAACCGUAUGUACAAAUGCUGGAGAAGCAUUCACAAGCCCUUAUACGAGCGACGCGUGAAGAGAGACAAAAACGCAUGAAGGUUGAAGGCAUGUCAGACUGGUAA